AUGGCGCGCGUGGGCGCCCGGGGCGCGCCCGUGUCCCGCGGCGACGUCGCGGGCGUCCUGGACGCGCGCGCGACGGUCGUGCUCAAUUCGCUCGACGCGACGUGCCCGCGCGUCGCGGCGCUGUCCCUCGCGGCCGUCGACGCCUUCGGCCUGCCCGCCUGCGUGAAUCUGUACGCGACGGGCGCGGGCGCGCGCGUGUCCGCGCCGCCGCACACGGACACGCAGCGGGUUUUGGUCAUGCAGUGCCACGGCAACAAGCGGUGGCGCGUCUGGCGGCCGCCGCGGCCGGACCGGCGGCCCGGCGCGGACCCGCUGGCGCGCGGCAAGGGCGACGACGUGCUGGAGCUCGGCGAAUUGGAGGAGACGCCCGCCGCGGACGUCGUGCUGACGCCGGGCGACUGCCUCUACGUCCCCGCGGGCUGGCCCCACACGACGGACACGCUCGAGUGCGCCGUCGACGACGAGCCCUCGGUGCACCUGACGCUCGGCGUCGACACGCACAUCUGGGGGCUCGACGGCCUCGGCGCGCGCGCGGGCGCUUUGGCGCUCGCGCGCAAGGACGACGCCUUGGCGGGCCGCGAGACGGCCGCGGACCCGGACCGCUUCUGGGGGUCCCUGCGCAAGGACCUGCCCGCGCUCGGCUGGCGCGGCGGCGACGCCGACGACGCGGCGCGCGUCGCGGCCUUCGUCGCGUCGACGGACGCGGCGCUCGCGGCCGAGCGCGCGACGUGCGGCGACGUCGCCGCCCGCGCGCUCGCGCACGGCGCGGAGAUCGCGGCCGCGAUCCGGGGCCUCUACGCGGACGUCGUCUUCCACACGUCGGGCCCGGGCGCGAGCCCGGCGAAGCGCUCCGCGCCCCACUUCGCGCGAUUGGAGGCGACGAUGGAAUCGUUGCUCCGGUCGUACCGCGCGAACGCCGUCGCCUCCAAGUUCGCCGUCGGCGACGCCGUCCUCGCGCCCUACCUCGGCACCGACGACUACGAGGAGGCCGUCGUCGACAACGUCCGCGUCGACGGCCGGCUCGACGUCGUCUUCCUCGACGGCGACUUCGAGCAGGGCCUCGACCCGGCCGUCGUCACGCCGAAGAAGAAGAAGAAGAAGGCGAAGACGAAGUUGGGGGGGCUGGGCGGCGCCGCGCCCGCCAAGAAGAAGAAGAAGGUUAAGAAGCGAUAA